AUAGGGCGUACGUCGAUUUUUGUUAAGAGUCGAAAAUUACAUAAAAGUUAAAUUCGUUCAAAACCCAUUUCAAUUAAAGUUCUGUGUUUUGUUUGUGCAUGAAAAAAUAAAGUGAAAAUGUCGUCGCAACCAUUGCCGAUUCGUUUUCAGGAGCAUCUUCAGCUCACAGCGAUUGGUAUCAAUCAAACGUCAAUAGCCUUCAGUAAUUUGACGAUGGAAUCGGACAAGUUCAUCUGUGUUCGAGAAAAAGUUGGAGAGACUGCACAAGUGGUCAUUAUUGAUUUGAAUGAUGCCCAAAACCCCAUUAGACGUCCUAUUAGCGCGGAUUCAGCGAUUAUGAAUCCAGCAAGUAAAGUUAUUGCGUUAAAAGCUGGCAAAACUUUGCAAAUUUUUAAUAUUGAGAUGAAAUCUAAAAUGAAAGCGCAUACAAUGACCGAAGAAGUAGUAUUCUGGAAAUGGAUUUCUCUAAAUUCGCUUGCUUUGGUAACGGAAGGUGCCGUAUAUCACUGGUCCAUGGAAGGCGACUCGUUGCCUGUAAAAAUGUUUGAUCGUCAUUCUUCAUUGAACAACUGUCAAAUCAUCAACUAUCGCACGGAUUUGAAACAACAAUGGCUCCUUCUCGUAGGCAUUACUGCGCAACAAAAUCGCGUAGUUGGCGCAAUGCAACUAUAUUCCGUCGAACGAAAAGUUUCGCAACCAAUUGAGGGACAUGCAGCUGCUUUUGCAACUUUUAAAAUGGAAGGAAACCCUGAGCCAUCGACGUUGUUUUGUUUUGCCGUUCGUACAGCGACGGGCGGAAAACUUCAUAUUAUUGAAGUUGGAACACCGCCAACGGGCAAUCAACCAUUUACGAAGAAAGCAGUCGAUUUGUUUUUCCCUCCGGAAGCACAAAAUGACUUCCCUGUGGCAAUGCAAGUAUCUGAAAAAUAUGACACAAUUUACUUGAUCACAAAGUACGGUUAUAUUCAUCUGUAUGAUAUUGAAUCAGCUACAUGUAUUUACAUGAAUCGCAUUUCGGCUGAUACGAUUUUCGUAACUGCACCGCACGAAGCGAGCGGCGGAAUUAUUGGCGUAAAUCGCAAAGGACAAGUUUUGUCCGUAACUGUUGACGAGGAGCAAAUUAUCAACUACAUUAAUGUCGGAUUGCAAAAUUCUGAUUUGGCUCUUCGCAUGGCAGUAAGAAACAAUUUAGCAGGCGCAGAGGAUUUGUUUGUGCGAAAAUUCAAUCAACUUUUCCAAAAUGCACAAUACGCUGAAGCCGCAAAAGUUGCAGCAAUCGCUCCUAAAGGAAUUCUUCGAACUCCACAGACUAUUCAAAAAUUCCAACAAGUUCAGCCUCCUCCAGGUUCAACAUCGCCUCCUCUUUUACAAUAUUUCGGCAUUCUCCUUGAUCAAGGAAAGCUAAAUAAAUACGAAUCUUUGGAGUUGUGUCGCCCUGUUUUGUUGCAAGGCAAAAAACAAUUGGUCGAAAAGUGGGUAAAAGAAGAAAAACUCGAAUGCUCUGAAGAAUUGGGAGAUCUUGUAAAACCAUCAGAUCUUAAUCUUGCACUUUCCAUUUAUCUUCGUGCAAAUAUCCCCAAUAAGGUAAUUCAGUGCUUUGCCGAAACAGGUCAAUUUCAAAAAAUUGUCAUGUAUGCAAAGAAAGUCAACUAUCAACCUGAUUACAUCUUCUUGUUGCGUCAAUUGAUGCGUACUAAUCCUGAUGCCGGAUCAGGAUUCGUCUCAAUGCUUGUCGCUGAUGAAGAGCCUUUGGCAGACAUCAACCAAAUUGUCGAUAUUUUCAUGGAGCAAAAUCUUGUACAACAAUGUACUGCAUUUUUGUUGGAUGCAUUGAAACACAAUCGUCCAAACGAGGGCCCAUUGCAAACACGUCUCUUGGAAAUGAAUUUACUUUCUGCUCCGCAAGUUGCUGAUGCGAUUCUAGGUAAUGCUAUGUUUACGCAUUACGAUCGUGCACACAUUGCCCAAUUAUGCGAAAAAGCAGGUCUUUUGCAACGUGCUCUUGAGCAUUACACUGAUUUGUAUGACAUUAAACGUGCUGUCGUUCAUACUCAAUUAUUAUCGGGCGAUUGGUUGGUUGGAUUUUUUGGCACAUUAUCUGUCGAAGACUCUUUGGAAUGCCUGAAAGCAAUGUUGACUGCCAACAUUCGUCAAAACUUGCAAAUUUGUGUUCAAAUCGCUACAAAAUACCACGAACAAUUGAGCACAAAGUCUCUCAUUGAUUUAUUCGAAUCCUUCAAAUCAUACGAAGGACUAUUCUAUUUCCUUGGAUCUAUUGUGAACUUUAGUCAGGACUCGGAAGUUCACUUUAAAUAUAUUCAAGCUGCAUGCAAAACGAAUCAAAUUAAGGAAGUCGAGAGAAUUUGUCGUGAAAGUAACUGCUACAACGCAGAACGCGUCAAAAAUUACUUGAAGGAAGCAAAAUUGACGGAUCAACUUCCUUUGAUUAUCGUUUGUGAUCGUUUCGAUUUCGUACAUGAUUUGGUCCUAUAUUUGUAUCGCAACAACUUGCAAAAAUACAUUGAAAUUUAUGUGCAAAAAGUAAAUCCAUCUCGUUUGCCCGUUGUUGUUGGAGGAUUAUUGGAUGUUGAUUGUUCUGAAGAUAUCAUUAAGAAUUUGAUUUUGGUUGUCAAAGGGCAAUUUUCAACUGAUGAGCUUGUCGAAGAAGUCGAAAAGCGAAAUCGCUUAAAACUUCUUUUACCAUGGCUUGAAUCACGAGUACACGAAGGCUGUAUUGAGCCAGCAACUCAUAAUGCUUUAGCUAAAAUUUACAUUGACUCAAAUAACAAUCCUGAGCGAUUCCUCAAAGAAAAUCAAUUUUACGAUAGUCGUGUUGUCGGUAAAUAUUGCGAAAAACGGGAUCCUCAUUUGGCAUGUGUCGCCUAUGAACGAGGACAAUGCGAUCGUGAAUUAAUUGCGGUUUGUAAUGAAAACUCUUUGUUUAAAUCAGAAGCCCGUUAUUUGGUACGUCGCCGUGAUCCUGAUCUUUGGGCUGAAGUUUUGUUGGAAUCUAAUCCAUACAAAAGACAAUUGAUAGAUCAAGUUGUUCAAACUGCGUUGUCAGAAACUCAAGAUCCAGAUGACAUUUCGACAACUGUGAAGGCAUUCAUGGCUGCUGAUUUGCCUAAUGAACUCAUCGAGUUACUCGAGAAGAUUGUUUUGGAUUCUAGCGUAUUCUCCGAUCAUCGUAACUUACAAAAUCUGUUGAUUUUGACAGCGAUCAAAGCCGAUAGAACUCGUGUUAUGGACUACAUCAAUCGUUUGGAUAACUAUGAUGCUCCCGAUAUUGCAAACAUCGCAAUUAGUAAUCAAUUGUAUGAAGAAGCAUUUGCAAUUUUCCGCAAAUUUGACGUAAACACAUCAGCUAUUCAGGUUUUAAUUGAAAAUGUCGAAAACCUUGAAAGAGCUAAUGAGUUCGCAGAACGUUGCAAUGAGCCUGCUGUAUGGUCUCAACUUGCAAAAGCACAAUUGCAACAAGGAAAAGUAAAGGAGGCUAUUGACAGUUAUAUCAAAGCUGAUGAUCCAUCGGCGUACAUUGAUGUUGUAGACGUCGCAAGCAAAAACGAUUCUUGGGAAGAUUUGGUACGUUAUUUGCAAAUGGCACGCAAAAAAGCUCGCGAAAGUUAUAUCGAAAGUGAAUUGAUUUACGCCUAUGCACGAACGGGACGAUUAGCUGAUUUGGAGGAAUUCGUUUCGGGACCCAAUCACGCUGAUAUCCAAAAAAUUGGUGAUCGUUGUUUCAACGACAAAAUGUAUGAGGCAGCAAAGUUGUUAUAUAACAACGUUAGCAACUUUGCUCGCUUGGCUAUCACAUUGGUACACUUGAAGGAAUUUCAAGGUGCUGUUGACGGUGCACGAAAAGCCAACAGCACUCGUACAUGGAAAGAAGUAUGUUUCGCCUGUGUUGAUGCCCAAGAAUUUCGAUUGGCUCAAAUGUGUGGUUUGCAUAUUGUUGUUCACGCCGAUGAAUUAGAAGAUUUGAUCAACUAUUAUCAAGAUCGAGGUCAUUUCGAAGAAUUGAUUGGAUUAUUGGAAGCUGCAUUAGGUCUUGAACGUGCUCACAUGGGAAUGUUCACCGAAUUAGCUAUUCUAUAUUCAAAAUACAAGCCAGCUAAGAUGCGUGAACAUUUGGAGUUAUUUUGGUCUCGUGUCAAUAUUCCAAAAGUAUUGAGAGCUGCUGAAUCUGCGCAUUUGUGGUCAGAACUUGUAUUUUUGUAUGACAAAUAUGAAGAGUAUGAUAAUGCUGUUUUGGCAAUGAUGGCUCAUCCAACGGAGGCAUGGCGUGAAGGACAUUUCAAAGAUAUAAUCACAAAGGUGGCUAAUAUCGAGCUUUACUACAAAUCAAUACAGUUCUAUCUUGACUAUAAACCUCUUUUGUUGAAUGAUAUGUUGCUCGUAUUGGCGCCACGCAUGGAUCACACACGUGCAGUUAACUUUUUCACAAAAACAGGACAUCUUCAACUUGUUAAACCUUAUUUGCGUUCUGUACAAAGCUUGAAUAACAAGGCAAUCAAUGAAGCACUUAAUGGACUCCUUAUUGAUGAAGAAGAUUAUCAAGGUUUACGUACAAGUAUCGAUGCUUUCGAUAAUUUUGACAACAUUGCAUUGGCUCAAAAACUCGAGAAACACGAGUUAACUGAGUUUAGACGGAUCGCAGCAUAUUUGUAUAAAGGAAAUAAUCGUUGGAAGCAAAGUGUCGAGCUAUGUAAAAAGGAUCGUCUUUUCAAAGAUGCGAUGGAAUACGCAGCUGAAUCACAUCAAGGAGAAAUUGCCGAAGAGCUUCUUGGAUGGUUCCUUGAACGUAAAGCAUUUGACUGCUUUGCUGCAUGCUUAUUCCAAUGCUAUGAUCUUCUAAGACCAGAUGUGAUUCUUGAGCUCGCGUGGAGACAUAAUAUCAUGGAUUUCGCAAUGCCGUAUUUGAUCCAAGUUACUCGUGAAUACACAUCAAAGGUAGAUAAGUUAGAACAAGUAGAGCAAGAACGGCAAAAAGAUACAGAAAACUCCGAAGUUAAGCCAAUGAUUAUGCCGGAACCACAAUUAAUGUUGACAGCAGGCCCAGGCAUGGGAAUCCCUCCCCAAUAUAUUCCCCAACAGCAAUAUGCGCCCGGCUAUCAAAUGCCUUAUCAAGGAUACGGAAUGUAGGAGGUAGAAUUACUCAACUACUUGAUUUAUAUGCAUAAUUUAAGCAACAACAACCACAACAAUAAUAUAGAUAAUGUUAAUGCUAUUAAUAUUGCUAACUAUUACUAUCAAUAUUUGACAUCAAUUGAAGCAACAUCAUCAUCAAGUCCCACACAGCAUUUAGUUAAAUUACUUUCGAUAAACUUAUCAACAUUAACAUGGUACAAAAUUCCAUUGAAGGACUUUAUUAUGAUUUAUUUGACAGUUUGCAUGCAAUUAAGUUAUGUUUAAAAUAAUAAUUUACUUUGACUUUUUCUUACUGUUUCCUUAUUUUCUUCAUUAUUUUUUAUACGUAUCAAUUAUAAUUAUAAUAUUCAUCAUUAUAACUCUAUAUAUUACAAUAUUAAACAUUAUAGUAGUUUAACACAUAAAGAAAUAUUUUUCUUG